AUGAGCCCUACGACUACGAUAUCGGAACGCUCAGACACAACGACUUCCCAAUCCACCACUACCACGAAGUCGGUGACAACGGAAGCGAAAACCAAGUCCGCGAUGAGCCCUACGAUCAUGAUGCCAGAACGAUCAGAGGCAACGACAUCGCAAGAAACCACCACCUCAAAGUCAGCAAAAUUAUCGACUAUGGACGUGGUGACCAAGACGGCUACGAGGCCUAUGACCACGGUGUCAGCCACAACGACAUCGCAAGAAACCACCCCCUCCACAUGCUCAUCCCCUCCGGUGGAUUGUGAAUUCGGCGGGUCGUUCUACAAUUUCAGCACUUCGGAGAUGGAUCAUGCUUCUGCGGUUUCAGCUUGUUCCCAAUACGGAUCCCAUCUGGUCUUCAUCGAGUCGCAAGAGGAGGAGGACUUCAUCGCGCGGCAUGUUGAGUACUACCGGUAUACCUGGGUGACUGAUUACUGGUUCGGGCUGACCGGCUUGAGUCCCAACCCCUCUUACCAAAUCAUGGAGUUCGAUGUCACUAGCACAGGCAUCUUCAGGAAAGAGGAAGUAAACAGCUCUGCGUUUGGUCACAACCAGACGCAUCAACAAAGAUUUAUCUAG